CAGGUCAGAAAAGGACCGAAACGACACUAAAUACGGUUUGAAACAACAAACCACGGGACUUAUGCUCGUUUGCUGGACUUUUAGAGAGAUUUGAAGUACUUUAAUUUGUUUCUGGGAGAGGCAGAAGCAGUUUUUGAAACUAACAUUCCUUCAUCUGGGACUAACCGGAGGUCAGCAGGCUUGCUCGUGCAUGUGGCAGUAGCAGAGAGGCCACCAGCUGCCCACCAUGCCCAGAAUGAGAGCCUGAUCCUGGGCUGAGAGAGCCCUCUGAUCCCCCCCCCCCACCAUCAGCCAGACACUGAUCUGUAUCAUGCUGUAACCACCUGACCACCAGUCAAAAUGAUGGCCUCAGUGAUGAUGGGGGGCAACCACAGGAAAGCCCUCACACUGAGAGGGGUGGACCCUGAGACCUGCAUGAUUGUUUUCAAGAACCACUGGGCUCAGGUCGUAAAGAUCCUUGAGAAACACGAGCCAGGUCGCAGCAGCACCAGUGCGCUGAGCUUCCUCUCUGGUCAUGGAAAUAACAACAGCAACGGCUCUGGAGCGUUACGCCUUGGUCCGAUCCCAGCUGACGAGGCCAGCGCCGUCCAGAACUACGUGGAGCACAUGCUGUUCCUGCUGAUGGAGGAGGAGGCGGGACAAGGUGGAGCGAUGGGUCCAAUCCUGGAGUUUGUGGUCCUGGAGGGUGUGAUGGAGAGGCUGUUCCUGUGGAGCCUGAGGAGACAGUUCACUGAGGACAUGAAGCUGGAGCAGCUCAGGAUGUACCAGAUGCUUCUAUCACAGGCCAGACAGCCUCUGCUGCAUCAUAAACCAGUUCUACGGCCGCUCAUGAUGCUGCUGGCUUCCUGUGCUGGAGCUGGAACAGACAGCGGGGGUGCGGUGGAGGCGGAGCUCGUCCUCCUGUUGAACCAGUUGUGUGUCGCUCUGGUCAAAGAUCCCUCAGUCCUUGAGCUGUUCUUUCACACCAGCGAGGACCAGGGAGCCGCCAACUUCCUGCUCUUCUCCCUGCUCAUACCGUACACGCACAGACAAGGCACAGUCGGUCAGCAGGCCAGAGACGCCCUCCUGCUCAUCAUGUCUCUGUCGGCCUCAGAUUCUCGAGUUGCCCAGCACAUCGCAGAGAACACCUACUUCUGUCCAGUGCUGGCCACAGGUCUGUCCGGUCUGUACUCGUCUCUUCCAGCCAGGCUGCAGGUUUACAGUGAGGACUGGCACUGUCUGGACCAGGCCGACUGGCAGCAGGUUCCAGCUCUUGUUCAUUUCCUGCACUCUCUGGACUUCUGUAGCGCUGUGACCAAGGUUGCUCAUCCCUCCAUCCGGGCGCAGCUGCUGGAUUAUAUCUACAACGGCUUCCUUGUGCCUGUCAUGGCUCCAGCUCUGCACAAGCUCACGGUAGAGGAGGUGAUGACCACCACGGCAUACCUGGAUCUCUUCCUGCGCUCCAUCUCUGAGCCCGCCCUCCUUCAAACGUUCCUGUCCUUCAUCCUGCUGCACACGCACGACAAAGUGCACAUACUGGACACACUGGUCAGCAGGGUCAACACACCUUUCCAGCUGGGUACAGUGUCGCUGGCUCUGUUCAGGACUCUGAUUGGUCUUUUCUGUGAAGAUGUCAUGCUGCAGCUGGUUUUCAGGUAUUUGAUUCCCUGCAGCCACCUCAGCAGGAAGCAGAAGUGGUCCCUGAAGCAGAGAGACUGCUACUCCUCCAGCGCUGCAUCCUUCCUGCUCCUCAUGCCCUCCUGGUGUCCCGGACACCUCUACAACACAAACGCUAAUGCACAGUCGGAACACAUCCACUGGCCCAAAGGAGCAGAUCUGUCAGUAACAGACAGCGUUGGUUACUGUCGAGGCUCAGACUUUCUAAUGGAUGUUAACUAUCUUCAUUACCUCUGGGACGCCCGUGAGGCCAUCUCAACUUCCUACAGGGCAUGUCAACUCUGGUCAGCUCCAUAUGAUGGAAUAAACCCUCUACCUCAAGAAUACCGAUCCAACACACCAGGGAAUGACAAAGAGAACGAAGACGACAUUGUCCGACGAAUAAAGAGUGACUCCAUCAGCUCUUCAGAGACAUCUCCUCAGGCCUUGGUCCUCUCCCCCACCCUGUCCUCUGAUACCGUCUCCACCAGUAACCGCGCAGGAAGAGCCAACUCUGCCCUAGAACUGGAGUGGGAUGACAUUUUUGCAGAUGAUGAUCCCUCUUUACAAACACUGACAAACACGCUGCUAACAAACGGCAGCAUUAGCAUGGAGGUCAACGGAAGCCCUUCUUUACCCUCGCCUCCUGGACAUCUACAGGAAAUGCGGCGCACUGCAACAAAGCUGGUGCACGGCUCGUAUGUGGAGGAGUCUGAGUUCCAGGAUGAUGUGCUGGUCUAUGAUCUCGUAGCUAAGAAUGAUACAAAGGCGGCCAUUUUGGAACGAAUCAUGGCAGCGAAUCGUCGGGCACGGGGGAACAUCCCAAAUGGGCAACAAGUAGCAACAGUGGCACCGACAUCAAAAAUAGCAACGAUGCUAACAACAACGGGGAAGACGGUCAUGGAAACAGUUAACAAUAUCAUGUCGACAAGGAGGAGGGGCGAGGAGGGAGGUAAAGAGGACAGGAAGACUGAGGAUUAUGGGCAGGAGGGGAAGAGGAGGGGUGAAGAUGGGAGGAAAGAGGAAAGAGAAGAAGAUAUGAAGAGGACAGAUGAGCAUGGAGAGUUAAAUGGGCGUCAUCUUUACACUAAUGGUUUUGAUGCUAAGUAUCACAUCAUCAGCAAAUGUGAUGAUGUCGAUGAGGACGUAAAGUCAUUUAACCCUAAAUGCAACUCGAAUGACUUCACAACUACUAACAAUCACAUGCUACACCACAGCCACACACAACACAACACUCAGCACCCAAGGCCAUAUUCUCUGACAAGUGCUGUACCUAAUGGCCAUUCAGAGCUGGAGCGCCAUGACCCGUCUGGUCCUGCGCCUGAUGCCAAGUCUCCAAGCCUGCCUGUUCACAAAACCAACAACAACAAUGACUUCCUGACACAAUACUAUGAGCUUAUGCUCUCUCUGGGGGUUGAGCCAGAAUGUGACAACAUCACGGAUGACAUAGGCUCAUUCAGGAAGCGGGUCAGAGCACUCAGGCACAAACUGGAAGAAGAGGACAGCCUCGGGGAACCCUUUGCUUUGAGCUCUUUGUGGGACAGCAGAGAGAAGGAACUAAUGGAGGAGGCGGAGAUGGAAGAGGAGGAGGAGGAGCAAGAAGGAGAGGAGGGUCGUAGUAGCAGUAAGGAUGGCAGCAGGAGGCAUGAAGUCCCAUUUACAGGUCCGUUUAUCAGUGUCCUCUUAUCGCGGCUUGAGAACCUACUGGAAAACUCCAUUGCAGUUAACCUGCUGGUGACGGGCAUCCUGGCCCAGCUGGCAUCAUACCCACAACCUCUUUUAAGAUCCUUCCUGCUCACCACAGACCCACAAAACCAACCCACCGUACGAACUCUGUACCAGGUGUUGGUGUCGGUGCAUGCUCAGAUUGAGCGCUUUGUCGCAGCCAGACCAGAUUAUCCUGCCCUGCUCACUCAGGCCUGGAGGUUCCUGUUGGUGAAAGACCAGGACAGCAAAGUCAGAGACUGCCUCCAGUCCCAUGAUGGGGACAUCAUCCUGGACCCAUCUCCUCCUAACGGUUCUGUGAAGAACGCCCUGGCUUUGCCUCCUUUCGGCGUCCUACCGCCUUGCCCUCCAAUUCCCUUGCAAGCCAAGAGCAAAGUGUUUGCAAUCAUCCUCUAUGCCGAGUUCUUGAAAGAGCUAGCCGCCAUCGCCCAGGAGCACAGCAUCGCACUGGACUGUUCUGCUGAGGAGUGAUGGGAGUAUUACUGGUGAAAGCCACCAGUCCAAUGGGGAAAAUCUGCGAAGAACUGCUCAGUGACCACCAGCAGAAGACUGUUUCUAAAAUCCCUAAAUUACAAGCACUAAAAUUGCACAAACAGGAAUGCAACAGAUAUAAGCAAUACAUGUUGAUAUUGCUUUAAAGCAUAAAUGAUGUACUCUAUGUUUAUAUUCCUGGCAGCACUUGAAUAUUUUAAAGUUUUCCCCAUGUGAAUAUGAAUGAUAUUUAUACAUAGAAGAAGAUAAAUAAUUAUUUUGAACAUAAAUCAGUGUUAUCUAUAUAUUUAUGAGAUUGGUGCAAUUAGUUUUGUAUGCUCUUUUCUGAAAUGGUUGCAUUAUUAUUUAAGGUGGAAAACAAAAUCUAUUUGGAAUUUUUUAUCAGACUUUUUAUAGCUGCCAUCUUAAACCAACCUACUCAGUCUAAUGAUGGAGUAAUCCAUGAACUACCAUAUAUCUAACCUGAGAUUUCAACCUUUAAAAAAAAAGAAAAAAAAGUUUUAAAUUCCACAGAAAAUCUGGCAGGAUAAUCUUCAUAACCAACAGAUACAGAGCCUAUAAAAGUGUUACCACCCUGGAUGUUUUUACCCUUUUAUUGAUUUUAUAAACCAAUCAUGGUGAGUAUGUUUUUUAACAAAAAA